AUGGCCGAAGUUUCGUCGACACCAGCGGCGCCCGCGCCCGUCGGAUCCGUGACGGAGCCAUUCGACCUCAUCCGUCUCUCGAUCUCGGAACGCGUGAACGUCAAGCUCCGAGGUGACCGUGAGCUGCGCGGCACCCUGCAUGCAUACGAUGGACACAUGAACUUGAUCUUGGGCGACGUCGAGGAGACCAUCUACGUGGUCGAUAUCAACGACGAGAAUGGACACGAGACAGUGCGCGUGGUCAAGCGCCAAAGCGAGAUGCUCUUCGUGCGUGGUGAUAGCGUCAUCCUCGUCUCGCCUCCGGCAAGCACUUGA